AACUAGCAAGUCAAAUGAAAGUAUGAAGGGUGAAAUCACUUUCUGAUAUUUCUUAGUAAUGUUCAUAAUCCAUUCCAUGAGGACUCACUUUACAGAUACAUCACAAUCACAAUCACAACUGCAUGCUUCUCUUCUCUUUUACUGCACUGGAAAUUUCCAAUUGGAUGUAUGCGUAUUCCUAUUGCCUUGUAAAACAUCUAAUUCUAUUCCCUUCCACCCACACUCUUAACUCCACCCUUUCUUCUUAUCAUCCCCACCCAACUUACAUUUACGCUCACAUUUCCUAAACCCACUAAGGAUUUUCAGCUUUCAUCUAUUUUUGACAACUGGGUUCUUUGUCUUCCAUGUUCUUUCGGUUGCCUUCAGUCAAAGAUCUGGCCUUUUUUAAGAUGUGGGGAUCUGGGAUUUUUGCUGUGUUGUUGUUGUUGUGAAUCUCGCUUUACAUAGAUAGCUUAUCUCUUUUUCUAUUACAUAUAUAUGGUAGGCAACAAGGGUUCUGAGAGAUGGGUGCUGAUCUUAAAGCUGAAUUGUCUGGGAAAACUUUUGUUUUUGGUCUUAAGGUUUGGCAAAUAAUUGGAAUUGCGGUUGGAUUGUUUAUUGUUGUCAUCCUCUGUGUGCUCCCAUUUUGCCUUACUUCAAGGAAGAAAACUAGAAGAGCCAGGAACAGAAUUCCUGCUAGUCAUAUUCCUCCUGUCUCAAAGGAAAUCACGGAAGUGCGGGUUGAGCAAGUGCCCGCAAAUGGAUUUGUUCCUCGUGAAGGAAUACUUCUUACCAUUCAUGAUAAGUCCAGUGACAAAGAAUCAGACAAGGUUAUGCUUCAUUUAGGUGUUGGGAAGAAGAAGCAUGGGGACAGUGGUAGUCAUCACUCGGAUUCAUUUCAUUACUUGGAUGGAGGUGGGUCACAAUCAGGGGAAGAAAUUAGCUCUGGCAUGGUUGGAAUGUACAUGUCCUCUUCUUCACACCCUAUAACAGCUCCUUCACCGCUCUCUGGCCUUCCAGAAUUCUCUCACUUGGGUUGGGGUCACUGGUUUACACUGAGGGAUCUUGAACUUGCUACGAACCGUUUUUCAAAAGAAAAUGUAAUUGGUGAGGGUGGGUAUGGAGUUGUUUACCGGGGACAGUUGAUCAACGGGACUCCAGUGGCAGUUAAAAAGAUACUCAAUAACGUUGGUCAAGCUGAGAAAGAAUUUAGAGUGGAAGUUGAAGCUAUUGGUCAUGUCCGACAUAAAAACUUGGUUCGACUUUUGGGGUACUGCAUUGAGGGGACUCACAGGAUGCUAGUCUACGAGUAUGUCAAUAAUGGAAACUUAGAGCAAUGGCUUCAUGGAGCAAUGCGACAUCAUGGAUAUCUUACCUGGGAAGCACGUAUUAAAAUUCUCCUUGGCACAGCUAAGGGGCUUGCAUAUUUGCAUGAAGCAAUUGAGCCAAAGGUGGUACACCGAGAUAUCAAGUCCAGCAACAUAUUAAUUGAUGACGACUUUAAUGCCAAGGUUUCUGAUUUUGGCCUGGCCAAGCUUCUUGGUUCUGGGAAGAGUCAUGUUGCAACACGAGUUAUGGGAACCUUUGGAUAUGUGGCUCCUGAAUAUGCAAAUACUGGUCUUCUAAAUGAAAAAAGUGAUGUUUAUAGCUUUGGUGUUGUGCUAUUGGAAGCAAUUACUGGAAGAGAUCCAGUUGACUACGGACGUCCAGCACAGGAAGUUAAUAUGGUUGAUUGGCUGAAGACGAUGGUUGGAAACAGGAGAUCAGAAGAAGUGGUGGACCCAAACAUUGAGGUGAAGCCAUCUACCAGAGCUUUGAAACGGGUGCUCUUAACUGCUUUGAGAUGUGUAGAUCCAGAUUCCGAGAAAAGACCCAAGAUGGGCCAAGUUGUACGUAUGCUUGAGUCAGAGGAGUACCCUUUAGCAAGAGAGGAUCGUAGGCACCGAAGAAAUCGUGGGGUUAACUCAGAAAUUGAAUCACAUAAGGAUAAUUCUGACACAGAUGGCAGUGACAUUCAGGGCUCUAGAUCAGAAAGCGGAAGGUAACAGCAGGCAUGACCAAGAGAAUGUAUUCUUUUUUAGGAUCAGUGGGGUGUAUAAAGUGAGUGAUUUUUUUUUUAUAAUAUUCUUAUGUUGUUAGAUUCUUGGAUUUGCCUACCCAAGAUGGGCAUGGCAGAGGCUCAGCAGGGGAUAAUAUUUUAUUUUAUUUUUGUUUCUUUUCCUUUCUUUUGUGGUAGAAGGAUAGGUAUUUCUAGAAGGAUAUAUAUUGUUUGUGUAUGAAGGUGGAUGUUAUUUAUAAGAACCAAAAUAUUUGGGGUAUGUACAGAAUCUAAUAGCUUUUCUAGAUUUAUUUGAUAAAUCUGUUGGCCUAGUCAUCUAGUCACUGGGGAAAAGUAAAAUAAUCAGUUUAUGAUCG